GCUGACCAAUGAGCGGAGGCCACUUCCCUUCGCAGGCAAACACUAACCUGAUAGUUCCUCUCCGCGCAGCGCACCGUCCCCAGCGCCGCACCGACGCAAUGCUGAGCCUGCAACAUUAGCGAGCUCAACUCCCCCCGUUUUUGUAACCCUCCAGUGGGGAGAGCCGCCGCAUCUUCACGCUUCUUCUAGAUUUAGUGUUCCGGAGCCAACCGCAGCCGCCAUGCCGAACAUCGUGCUUUUUAGCGGGAGCUCCCACCACGACCUGUCCCAGAAAGUGGCCGAUCGGCUGGGGCUGGAGCUGGGGAAGGUGAUAACGAAGAAAUUCAGCAACCAGGAGACGUGCGUGGAAAUCGGUGAGAGCGUGCGAGGCGAGGACGUGUACAUCGUGCAGAGCGGCUGCGGCGAAAUAAACGACAACCUCAUGGAGCUGCUAAUCAUGAUCAACGCCUGCAAGAUCGCCUCAUCGUCCCGCGUCACCGCCGUCAUCCCCUGCUUCCCCUACGCCCGGCAGGACAAGAAAGACAAGAGUCGAGCUCCCAUAUCAGCCAAGCUGGUGGCAAACAUGCUGUCUGUGGCCGGUGCCGACCACAUCAUCACCAUGGACCUUCACGCCUCUCAGAUCCAGGGAUUUUUCGACAUCGCUGUGGACAACCUGUAUGCAGAGCCUGCUGUUCUGCAGUGGAUCAGAGAAAACAUUCCUGAGUGGAAGAACUGCAUCAUUGUGUCUCCAGACGCUGGCGGAGCCAAGCGCGUGACGUCCAUCGCCGAUCGCCUGAACGUCGACUUCGCUCUCAUCCACAAGGAGAGGAAGAAGGCCAAUGAAGUGGACCGCAUGGUGCUGGUCGGCGACGUCAAGGACCGCGUGGCCAUCCUGGUGGACGACAUGGCCGACACCUGCGGCACCAUCUGCCACGCCGCCGACAAGCUCAUCGACGCUGGGGCGGUAAAGGUCUACGCCAUCCUCACGCACGGCAUCUUCUCUGGCCCCGCCAUCUCCCGCAUCAACAACGCCCCAUUCGAGGCUGUAGUGGUUACUAACACUAUCCCACAGGAAGAGAAGAUGAAGGCGUGCCCUAAAAUACAGGUCAUCGACAUCUCCAUGAUUCUGGCAGAGGCCAUUAGACGAACCCAUAAUGGCGAGUCUGUGUCCUACCUGUUCAGCCACGUACCUUUGUAAAGACAUGGGGGGGGGGCGGCCCCCGGCCCCCUCUCCUCGUCUGUCUCUGUCUCUCUACUCACCCAUCAGGCUGUUUGGCUACUUAUCCUCCAGAAAUGCCUGAUAGAGCCUCCUGGUUUCAGACCAGUCGCUUAAAGGCCGCGCCCACACAUCCUCUUUGCCAUUUUUCACCCAGGACACAGUGAAAAUAUCACUUCCUUCAAUGACGACAACGUUUGUAUUUAUAAGUGUGUUCUUUCUUUCUCUAUUUGUCGCUCGCAUUUCAGUUUCGUUCUUUGACCCCUGUGAGGUCUGUUCUUCACUUUAACCAAAGGGUCCACAAUGUAACAGAAGUCUCAUUUGUAUCUUCCUUUAACUGAGACAUUCCACUGUUUGUCAUUAAAACUUGUUGGCUUCAUAGACAAUAAAGUAGUAAAUGUGGAAUUCUGCACCAUUUCACUGCAAAGUGUUUAAUCUGCUCACAAAGCUCCUUGGAUCUUUAUCGAUGUUUAAAGCCUGCAAUUGAGUCGAUUUGACCACAGAAUCAACACAACAGACAUUACUUCACUCGUUUCACUGCGCUUUUAGUCGUUUGCACCACAUCCUUAAGUGCUAAUUUAAACGUAGCUUCCUCAACUGAGGAUUAUCGGUGUCUAUGAUGAGGUGGAUUUUGUACCUUGGCACACGUGAGAAAAAAAAUUUAAGGUCACGAAGAGGAAAACAUUUCACUUAUUUUUAUAGAUUUUGCAACCAUGGUUAGUUAUGCAGAUGGUGUGGUUGUCACAGCUGAAAUUGAUAGGUUUGGCUUUACCUGUAGGUAGAAAGAAGCUGCAGUAAGUGAUCAUUUUCUUUACCAUGUAACUGUACAAGCUGUUUGUUUUACAAUAAAGCCUUGACAAUGGGUAA